CUUUAUUGAAUUGGGGAUAUUGCCUUUUCACCGAAUAUGUCAACUGUCAACCUCUUAACCCAACACAAACAUUUAUCAGAAAAUUCAAGAUUCAUUCAAUUCACAUUCAGUGAUUGGUUGGAUAUACUUUUGUAAUCUGGUUAAUCUGUACUUUAACAAUGCCGCCUGUUGACAAAACACCAAACGUCAUCUCGAGUUCUUUUCAAUUAGUUUACUCAACUAAGGCAUACAAUAAAAUUCCUAUAUUUGAGUAUGAAUCUACCACAACAGGCUUGACUGUUGUUAUCGCUGAAGUCGAUGGGCCUAUAGUAAACGGAUUCUUCUGCAUUGCUACUGAAGCAUUUGAUGAUGAUGGUUUACCUCAUACCCUAGAACAUCUCAUAUUUUUGGGUAGUGAAGAAUAUCCAUAUAAAGGUGUUUUGGAUUUGCUGGCUAACAGAUGCUUUGCUUCUGGUACUAAUGCUUGGACUGAUGUUGAUCAUACAUGUUAUACAAUGGAAACGGCAGGAAGCCAAGGAUUUUUAGCUCUCAUGCCUAUUUAUUUGGAACAUAUUCUUUAUCCCACUUUGACUAAUGAAGGCUUUAUAACAGAAGUCCAUCAUAUAACACCUUCUGGAGAAGAUGCUGGUGUAGUUUACUGUGAAAUGCAGGGACGUGAGAAUUCUGCUGAAUCUAGACUUCAUACAACAUUAUCUCGACUUAUGUAUCCAGGAAAAUGUGGGUAUUCAUCAGAGACUGGAGGAAUAAUGAAAAAUUUGAGAGAAUCAACUUCCAAUGAGAAGAUUAAAAAUUACCAUAAGGAGUUCUAUCGACCAGAAAAUUUGAAAAUCAUUAUUACAGGUCGUGUUGAACAUGAAACAAUUUUCAAAUCUCUAUCUAAGCUAGAGGAAAAAAUUAUUUCUAAGGGAGAUUUGGGUCCUUUCCAAAGACCCUGGCAAUCACCAGUUUCACCUCUAGAGUCAUCAACUGACAUUGAGAUAAAAUAUCCUGCUGAUGAUGAGAGUAACGGGUUAUUCUGUAUUGCUUGGAGGGGAGCAUCAACUGUGAAAGAUCAGUAUACCGUCACAGCUACUUCUUUGAUGUUGAAAUAUCUAUCAGAAUUUUCAGUGUCUCCCCUCCAGAAAGAAAUGGUUGAAAUUGAGGAUCCUUAUGCUAGUGAAAUAAAUUAUAACUUGUAUCAAAACUCAGAAACUUGCAACUACCUCACCUUCCAGGAUGUACCAUUCAUCAAAUUAAAACACAUAAAAUCAAAACUAUUUUCGAUAUUGAGCAACAUUGUAGAGAAUGAAAAUAUAGAUAUGGAAAGAAUGGAGAGCAUAAUAAAGAGAAAUAGACUAGAAUGCACUAGUUACUUGGAGCGUGAUCCGCACAGCUCUGUUGCAUUUUUAAUCAUUGGUCAUGUUCUUUAUGGCAAUACUAAAGAAGAUUUGGAACAACGAGUAAAUCCCUUGAUAGAUUUUGAUUCUCUGAAAAAUGAACCCAAAUCUUAUUGGGUCUCCCUCUUGAAGAAAUAUUUCCUUGACAACAAAUUUAUAACAAUUAUUUGCAAACCUAGCAAAGAAGAGAAGCAAAAAAUGGCUCAGGAGGAAAAGGAGAGGGUGGCUAAACAAGUGGAAUUAUUAGGCCAAGAAGGUUUAGAACUGAAGGGAAAAGAAUUGGAAAAAGCCAUUGAGUUCAAUGAACGUGAACCCUCAGAAGAUAUGUUGGUGUCAUUGACCAUUCCCGAAAUUACUUCUGUUAAUUAUCACAAUAUUGUGAGACUUAGGACUGAUUCAAAUGUUAAGAGGAGUCUAGAUCUUUCGGAGACACCUGUUUUCACUUUCUUUGAUGAUGUGAAUUCCAAUUUUGUUUAUAUAUAUGCACUUCUAGACACUAAAUACAUACAGCCUGAAAUUAGAAACUACCUUCCUUUAUUCUUUGAAACACUUCUGGAAUUACCAAUCAUGAAAGAAGGGCAGUUGAUACCUUACGAAAAGGUAGUGGCUGAAUUGUAUAAUGAUACAGUUCAAAAUUCAGCUCAUUUGGGAUCCACAAAGAGAGGUUUAUUCAAAUGUGGUUCAAAUUCUACUACUGGUGUGAUUAUGUUACAAGUAGAAUGUAGUCAUUUUCAGAAAGGUCUUGAAUGGUUGAAAGAUAUAUUGUAUAACACUGUUUUUACUGCUGAUCGAUUGAAAGUUACAGCCAAAAAAAUGCUUAAUUCUGUAGCUCAAGCUAAAAGAAGUGGCAAUGAUAUGGUUUCUUAUGCAGCUAAAGCUUUGUCCUUUUCCAAAGAUAGCAACAUACUGAGGAAUGGAGUAAUUAAUCAAAAUAAAUUUCUCUCUAGCCUUGUCGAUAAACUUGAUUCUCCUCAGGCUGAUGAAAUUGUGAAAAAAUUCAAUGCAAUGAAGAAUUUUUUGGCCGAAUAUAAGAAUUUUUCUUUGUAUCUGGCUGGUAACUUGAGAAAUCUUCCUAACCCUGCACAAAUUAUCAAAGAGACAUUCGUUCCCAGUCCUGAAAUACCAAAAUGUCUCACAUACACUCAAGAUUUUGAACUAAUUAAAUCAGGGGAAAGAGAUAUGCCUGGGUGCAUUAUAGGUAUGGGAUGUUUAGAAUCAUCAUAUUUCAUACAAUCUACAAGAACUAUAACCAAUCCAGAAGACCCCGAUGUACCUGCUUUGAAUUUGUUUUUACAAUAUCUGACGCAGGCUGAGGGUCCAAUUUGGAAGCAGGUCAGAGGAAAAGGAUUAGCUUAUAGUUAUUCAAUGGUUGCUAAAUAUCAAGAAGGUUUACUUUAUUUAGUAUUUUAUAGAGCUACAAAUGUUGUUGGUGCUUACAAAGAAACUCAUCAAAUAGUAACUAAACAGUUGACAUCUAAACAAUGGGAUGAAACUCUUUUGGAUGCUGCAAAGAAUUCUCUUAUGUUUGAAAUAAUUUCGCAAGAGAAAACUAUUGGAGAUGUUGUCUACCUAUCUGUUACUUCUCAUUUGAGAGGAAUAGACUAUAAUUAUAAUAGAAACCUCAUAGAUAUGAUAAAGAAUGUAACAGUGGAAGAUCUAAACAGAGUUGGUGAAAAAUAUGUGGCGCCUCUUUUUGAUAGCAGAAAAGUAAAUACCGCUGUUGUAACUGAUCCAUCAAGGAUAAAAGAGAUACAUUCAGGACUUAAAGAGUUUGAACUUGAUUUGAACGUGUACCAAUCAUUGGAAGAAAGUUUUUUGAAUGAAAAAUGUUGUAAGUAAUAAGAGGAAGAAUGUUAAUACAUUCCAGAAGCCAGAAAAUCAAUUUUUUUUUCAUUUGAACACUGUAAUGUGAUUAAACUUAAUUAUGUAUUCACAUUUGUACAAAUAUGCCAUUAUCCUGUUCAUUAAAAGACUUGAUAACCUCACAAAUUAUAAUAUUUGUAUGUUG